AUGACUUCUCACCGUUCGCGCUCGCGUUCACGUUCCCCUGGCCGCUCAAGAAGAAGAGAACGCUCUCGCUCGUAUUCAGACGAAGAGGAGCGUCGUCUCCCACACGAUGCUUCGCCCAUAUCAGAGUCGGAUUACUUCCAAAAGAGCUACGAAUUCAGGAUCUGGCUCAAGGACGAAAAGGGAAAGUACUUUGAUGAGCUAUCUGGAGAGAGGACCCGAAGCUAUUUUCGCAAGUUUGUAAAGGCCUGGAAUAGAGGGAAACUAUCGAAAAAACUCUAUGCUGGCAUCGACAGCUCUUCCAUACCCGCCACCUCGCAAACGUCAUACAAAUGGUCUUUCGCUUCCAAACCUGACGGAGAGGCACUCCGUGCGGCGCGCGAGUCCGUUGGGGCCGCCACUCAAAGCCGCGCUCUCCUAGAGUCCUCGGCGGGGCGUGUACAAGGGCCGACUCUCCCUUCUGCGGCAGAUUUAGUUCUGGCGAGAGAAAUGGAUUCCGAGUACCGCGAUGAGGAGCGGAAAUAUAAACGCAAGAGGGAGCGUGCAGAAGACAAGGAGCACAUUGAGGAUAUGGUUGGACCGAGGGAGGUCGGGAGGGAAGGGAUGCUAGAGAAGAAGCGUGCCAAGAGGGACGCAGAUAGGUCCUUCAGGGAGAAGGGUGAUGACUCGGUGGAGCUGGACGAAUCAGCGCUGUUUGCUGGUGAUAGCUUUCAGGCUCGGAUUGCCAGGCGCGAUGCUGGCAAGAAGAGGUACCAACAAGCACAGGAGGAAAAGGCCGCAGCCAUGCGCGAACGAGCUACGGCUAGAAAGGAGAAAGAGAGCGCUACGAUGUCUAUGUUCCAACAGCUGGCUAAGCAGCGAUUUGGAUGA